UUUUUAAGAUUUUUUUCCUCUUUAAACUGACAUCUAAAGCAAAUUCUCUUGUCUCAACUAAAGGAAAACUGAUACGAAAAUGGAAAAGCAGGAAUAUUUUUCUACCUGAUAGUAAUUUUGUUGUUCCAUGCAUCAAAACACUCUCAUGAAAUUCCUGGAAUCAUUUCAUUACACUGAUAUAAAAAAAUAGCUGUUAGCUGUUGUCAACAUUGGGUUUUUCUAGAUUUACAUAUUUAAAAAUGGGAGUUGAUCUAAAGGUCUUUUUUCUUCUUCUCAGACAGGAGGCCAUGACAGAAGCUAAGAACAUCACUUCUGUCAAGGAAUUCAUCCUGCUGGGACUCACCAGCCACAGAAAAUUUCAGCUUCUCCUCUUUGGGGUCAUUCUCAUUAUCUACUUGCUUACAGUUUUGGGGAACCUGCUGAUCAUCAUAUUGGUGCAGGUUGAUUCAAACCUUCACACACCCAUGUAUUAUUUUCUCUCACAUCUUGCAUGGGUAGAUAUGUGUUACGUAACUACCACUAUGCCUCUAAUGUUAACUCAGCUCCUGACUGGAGAUGGAGCCAUUUCUUUAGCAUUCUGCAUGGUCCAGAUAUACAUUGCAGUGGCCUUAGGGGGUGUUGAGAUUCUCCUGUUUGGAGUCAUGGCCUAUGACCGCUACCUAGCCAUCUGCCGUCCCUUACUUUACCCUGUUCUCAUGGACAAGAGCUGCCAAUUGCAGUGUAGUUCAAUAUGCUGGAUAACAGCUCCUCUGGUCUGUGUGAUUUAUAUUGUCUGCCUUCUUUGCCAAAACUAUUGUGGUCCCAAUCGGAUCAAUAACUUCAUAUGUGAGAUGCCAGUGGUGCUGAAACUUGCAUGUGGUGAUACCAGAAUUGCCGAGGUGAUUAUUUUUGGUAUAGGAGGAUUUUUCCUUUUGGUUCCCCUUUCUAUUGUAUUGACCUCCUAUGGAUUUAUUCUUCAUUCUGUCUUACAAAUGAAAUCCAGUGGCCGUCGCAAGGCUUUCUCUACCUGUGGCUCCCAUCUUAUUGUGAUCUCCAUGUUUUAUGGCCCUUUGCUUUGGGUGUACAUAAUUCCAAAGACUGACUCAGCUGCUGAUCGUGAUAAACAGAUUUCAAUCUUCUACGUAUUGAUCACUCCACUGCUCAACUCUGUCGUUUACACCCUGCGAAACAAGGACUUUCAUAGGGCAGUAGUCAAGAUCUUGUGA